ACCUUUUUAUGUAUUCAAGUACCUCCACCUCUUUCUUUUUGGAACUGAAUGUAGAUCAAGACUAAUAUAGUCUCCCUGAACCUCCAGAAUUAAUGAGCCCCAACAUAGAACAAUUGGUGAGGCUACUCGCAUGCAUUUUAAAAAUAUAGAAUCUUGAGAUCUAACGAGUGCGCCACAAAAUGCAGCCACUUGAAGUUUACAUUUAAAUUGUACAACUCAGUGGUGAUGAAUAUGACAAACAUUCGGACUUCCAGAAGAAGGAGAUGGAUAGCUAGAAUGCUCCUUUCCCAGAGAAAGACAGCAGGCUGGGUCAAGUAGCGGGUCCAUGGAAAGGUAGAAGACCCUCCAGGAGUUUGGCAGAUGUGGAGCCACCUUCUGUUCUGCUCAGAGGUUGGGCUGCUGUGAGUGGGUGCCAACAGCACCGCCUUUCAUCAUGGAAGAAUCUAGCUGGGGGAGAAGCGAUGGUGGUUUUAUGCCCUGCACAUCAAACUAUCCUUUGCCAUUUCAGUGGUUCUACUAUGGCUCACUCCCUGAGUGAAAUCCCGGACCCCCUGGAUGUCGUGGAGACCAGUGAUGAAGGAAAGAAGAAAUCCAAAUUUAAAGUCUUCAAAGGGUUUUUUGGCAAAAAGAAGAAGAAAGACGCCGACGGCACCCCGACAGUGAGGACAAUACAACCCAGUUUGUCCAGCGGCAAUCUCAGCAUCUCGCUGAAGCCGAUUCCUGCGGAAGAACUGCUGGCGCUAAGGUACAAGAGCAACAUGGGGACCAAGGCCCUAUCUCACGACAGCAUCUUUAUGUUGGAGCCUGAACGUGAACGAUCUGCCAGUAGAAGGAACUCCCCACCAGAGCAUCAUCGAGGGAAUACUCUGCAGAUGCUACCAAUUCAGCAUCACCAACUAAGCAUCACCCCACCUCUGAUUCGACAUGGCUCAAUCUAUAAGGACUUGGAUCUCAUCUCCAUGGACGAUGACAUUCUCAUGGACCCACAAAUGAAGAGUACAUCCCCAAAGAGCUUGAAGGCAAAGAAGGUGAAACCACAGCAGGGAGAAUCAAGAUUUCCCCUGUCGUCAGAAGAAGAGAAGACUGCGACCAUGCCGAAACAAAUCCAGUUGAAGAAGCUGAAAAGAGACACUGCAGGUCCCUCAAGCCAGGAACAGAGCAAGAAGAGUGAGAGUUCUGAAAGGAAGACAAUGGAUAAGGCUUUAGGCACUGACACCGUGGGGCGCCAGGGCCGCUCCACGUCAGCAUCACAUGGGAGAAAGCGUGAAAGGAAGUUAACACUUACAGGGCUGAGUGAGUGCAAACCCAGAGAAAGAAGCCAUAAAAAAUCCAGUCGAGGUCAUGGCCUAGGAGAUCGAGCUGAGUCCCCAUUUGCAGAGAACACUGGCAAGGAUUCCCCUGACCAGUGCUUUGCCUCGGAGAAGCAAUUUAGGGAGCAACCCACCACUCCAUGGGCAGACAUAGCCGCAGGUGAAGCCAAAGGACCUUUCAUAGAAUCCAUAGCUGAAGACAUAGAAGAGCCCAUGGAUAGUAUUAGAUCACCAUACGCCGGAGAUAUUCCCUCAAUGAGUGAGGAGGCGCAGGGAUUCAUGGAUCCCUCCUAUGCCCAGUCAGAAUGGGAAGCAAUUUAUGGCCUUGAUUCACGAAGUGCCGUGUUUAAAAUGGAAUCGGCCCAGAGUACCCCAACCAUCUUCCAAGAAACACCUUCCGGAAACGUAAGCCAGGACUUGCCAGCAGGUGCUGCCGACACAGCCAGUGCUAGGGAGAAGAGAGGCAUUUCUGCCGAGAGGCUGCCUCCUCAAAUCCCCAAAUCAAAAAGCUUUACCCAGGCAUGGUGGAAGCCGGGACACAGUCAACAAAGCUCAGAUGCAGAGAGCACUUCUGAGGAGGAGAGGGAAUCCGAGGAGCUAGAGAAGUCUGAAGAUGGAUCAGGCUCUUCCUCAGACACAGAUAGUAGUCUAGAGGUAGGCGCUGUUUCGCAGGUUGCUGGCCACUCUUCCCCGCCCCUGGGGAAACCUGAAGAUGGGCAAGAGGUCAUCCUCAAAUCACAAAGGUUUUGGGGAGAAGGAAGCACUUACGGGGAGCAGCUGGUUCCCAGAUACCCUUCCCAGGAUUGGGGGGGCAAAGAAGUCUCCACCGGAUCAAUUAGUUCUCUUGAAAAGGACCGCCAGGCCAAGGAUUGGAGCAGAGAUGAAGAAGACUGGUCUUCCCAACAUCAUUCCUCGGCCUUGGGAAUGCGCAAAGACAAGCUCCAAGUCUCAGUGGCAGAGAAGGCUCCCGAGGGUCAGAAAGUGGCUGCGGAGCAGUUGCUCAUUUCUCAGCCCGUUAUGAUGCACCCAGUUUCCUCGGGUUCCCUGAGAGGUCCUACAGAAGGAAGUGACCCUGUGGAGCCAGCAUCGUCCUGGGACCCCUACCACCAGUGGGAAUCCAUGCACGCAGGUGCCCAGAGCAUGGCCGAGGCGCGGGACAUAACUUUGCCACCCCUGCCACCCAGAACCCACCAGAGGCAUCUGCGAAGGCUGAGAGCUGAGCAGCAAGCCCCCUCAGGUGCCCAGAGUCCUGUCGCCGGUGACCUGCCGGAGCCGAAGCCUCCCAGAGGGCCGAUGAAACCAGAAGUCUCCAGAGGCCCCAAACCUGCCACUGUGGAGGAAAGCCUUUCCAUGCCCACCGAGCCCUCCGACUAUCCUUCGCAGCCCUGGGCUAGACCAGUGGUUGAGCCACAAGUGCCCGUAGGUGCCGAGAAUGUGGCGCCUGAAGAGAAAAUGUUUAUGGGGCUGCCACCUCUCAGGCGCACUCUACAGUCAUGGCCACCAGCCUCUUCGUUUCCAGAAAGCACGGUUGCGAAAGGGCCCUUCUCCAGGGAGCAGCUGCCUUCCAAAAGCGGCCCCAAAUAUCCAGCCCAGCCCUUGGGCAAUCCCAGGGUGAAGCAAAUCUCCGAGAGCACUACCAUUAAGGAGGGUACGCUCAGAGAGCUGCUGCCUCCAGAGAGCCGUCCCCAGCCCCUGAUGAGGCCUGAAGUCCAGCCACAGAUAAUGCCCCCAGGUCCCAGAGGCCCUGUGCAGUCACGGCCAGUGCCUACAUCUGAGCCACAAGUCUCUGUCGUCACCGGGCCCAAGGGUGCUGCCUUUGAAGAAGAUGUUUCUCAGGAGUCUGUCCCCUACAGACCCCCUUCUGAAGAGGUCGUCGCCGAUCCGAUGAGUGCUUCAGCCACAUGGGGUGGUUCUGUGGAGCCAGUGGAUCCCCAAGACCCGUUCCAGCCAUGGGGAAGCCCUGAAUUUGAGCAGUACGUCGCCGGUGGUUCAGAGGGCCCUGCUUUUGAGGGAGCCAUGUUGAUGGAGCCACCAACUCCCAAACAGCCUCUGGCCGUUGGAAGCGCUAAUGUCCAGCACGUGUCGUCCGACUUGGAGAGUGCUGCUGUGGAGGAAGGUCAUUCCGGGAAGCCACUGCCCCCCAGGUAUCCUACUGAGUUGUUAAUGGACUCAUCUGUCCAGGAAACCGCCAAGCUAGAGAGCUCUGCUGCCGAAGGAGCCAUUCCGAAGAAGCUGCUGCCACCGAUGCGCCCGUCCAAGUCAUAUGUGAAGUUCAUGGCAGAACAAAUCUUUUCCAAUCCUGAGAGCCCUGCUGUCGGGGGGAUCAUGUAUGUGAAUCCUCUGCCUCCAAAGCCUUCUCCCAAAGCUCCGUUGCAGCCUAAAGUUGAGCCCUCCGAGGGUGCUGGCCUUGAGGAAGGCGUUUCUAUGAAGCCGAAGCCCACAGUGGGUCCCUUGCAGUCGUUGGAGAAACCGGAAGAGCACCAGGAGGAUUUCUUGGUUGCAGAGAAGUGGAGAAUCUUCGAAGAGCAGCUGGCUUCCAGGCGCUCCUUCCAAGCCAACGGUGCCCAGCCACAGAGUGUCUCAGCGGGGCCACCUGUGGAGCAGAGCAGCUCAGAAAAGCAACUGCCACCCAGAUCCCAUGUCCAAAGCAUUGGGGACCCUGAAGAACAGCCACAGGUUCCUUCUCGUCCCACGAAUGCCACCACUGAGAGAGAUGUCGCUGAGAGUGAUGCCGGCAGCAGCUUCUUACCAAGAGCCCCGGAUUCUUCCAACAAACCCAAGAAACCCAUCCAAGGCUCCGAAGACCUCACUAAGCACACCCCCUCCAAAAUGGUGAAAUUCGCCAAUGUGCAGCCUCCGAAGAAAAUCAUUCCGAGCAGUCUUUCCUUUCAGAGAGAAAUUCUUAACAAAGAGGAUACGAAGGAUAAUAAGCUUGCAAGCUCACCUACCACUGAAGAUAAAGUUGAAAAUAUUUUUGGGGUGAAGCUCAGAAGAGUCCCUUUCUCACAGAAGUACAGGGAUGAGAAGAAACAAGGCAGCUGUCCAGAUCUUCAGACAAUCCACUUGGAUCCAGCUUUAGCUGCCAUCGUGAAAGAACAGCCAGUCCGAAGAGCCAUUUCACAGUGGAACCUGAGUGCUACAGAGAAUCUCGCCAAAACAUUUGGCUUUGAGAGGAAGCAACAGAUGGGAUUACGAGCUGAAGGUGUAACCAAGCAGCAACCGACUUACAAGAUCGCAGCAAAGGCUCCGCGUCGUCCGUCUGAUUCUACCACUGCAGAGCCAGCUUGGCUAACCCUGGUGAAGGAGAGGCAGAGAUGUACCCAGACCUACGGUACUGUAAAAGAACCAAUUACCAAGAAGGGACCUGGAGCCAAGGCAGAGACUAAGGAGCCUCGAGAUGGGGGAGCUGCCCCUGAAAAAGAAAAGAAGCAACCAAUUUUGGUUUCCAGUGUCCGUACACAGGAGAAGAUGCCACAAAUGAACCUACCUAAGUCAACCAAAGCAGCCGAAGCUAAGAAGAUGGUUCCAAUGCCCGCUGUGGAUAAAGAAGCCCGUAGACCUGCAAGUUUCCCAGCAGUGCCCGCAGAUACCGCCGAGUCUGUUGAACCGGUGUGGUUCUCCAUGGCGAAGCAGAAAGCCAAAGCAUGGAGCCACCUAGCAGAUAUGAUGUAAUAGUGAGCUCAUAGGUUGAGCACCAUCCAAGAGCUGCAUUGAUUCCACAUUGGUGGUUUCUUUUUCUUUUAAGUUUUUUUUUUCUUGAUUAUGAUGAUUAUUUUUUAUUAUGAAAAAGAGCUUUGGAGAUGAGAGAUAACUCUCACAAACACCCAGCCUUCCAUACGGUCACUACCAGCAUCACAAAACUCAGCAUUUCCCCUAUUGAAAACAUAUAGGCACCCUUUGUACCAAAGAAUGUUUUAAAAGCUUUCAUUGGGACCAAUGUGCGUUUUGUCACAGCAACUCACAGGGUCAUUUCCUUACACCAAAUAAAAUCUUUCUGCUGCAAAAAAUCCAGAUGAUCUCAUGCAAAGAUUAGAUUGUAAGCGUCAUGAGCCUAGUUAAAUGCUUCGAUUCUUUGGUUGCAGCUUUCUCGCAAUCAAUUUGGUACUUAGCUGCAUCUCAUGUGGCGACGCCCUGUAAGAAGUUCAUCUAGGUUCCUCAGCAUUAGUGAUAUCUGCCUUUCCGAACAGGCACACUGAACAGUAUUGGAGACUUCGCUUUGGUUGUCUCGAAUUCAAACUUAAUGCAUUAUUUUAUUAGGAGACCCAUCUGCCUCUCACCUCAGAGCUACCUAAAUGGAAAUGCAGGCGUGGACACCUACCUGUGUCAUUGAGUUGACCUGGGGGUGGGGGGCAGAUGCCCACACAAAAAGUCCAUAAAGGCCAUGAGAUUCUGGUACUAAUUUUGACCUGAAAUGAUUAGCUUUGCUGAUGAUGGUAUGACACUGUAAACCAUAUGCUGGGUGGUUUUUUGUUUUUGGUGUUUUUAUUUUAUCAAACAUCUCUUUUUCGUAAUGUUAUAUUUUGUUUUUGUUUUUUUGACAGUGCAAGGUUUUUCUUAAUUGGAUUUUACACCCUUACAUGCAUUUUUCCCUGGCAAUCCUAGAGGAUCCCCUGUU